CCAGUGUGAGGCAGCGGGUUCGCGGGAGGGGAAGCAGUGAGGACAGCGUCUCCGGUCCACAGGCGUAAUGAGCGGGGGAGCGGAGCAAGCUGACAUCCUAACCGUGCUCUCCCUGGUCAAGGAACGAUGGAAAGUGGUGAAGAAGAUCGGGGGUGGAGGGUUCGGCGAGAUCUACGAGGCGCUGGACCUGCUGACGCGGGUCAGCGUGGCGCUGAAGGUGGAGUCGGCCCAGCAGCCCAAACAGGUGCUCAAGAUGGAGGUGGCCGUGCUGAAGAAGCUGCAGGGUAAAGACCACGUGUGUCGCUUCGUGGGAUGUGGCCGCAACGACCGCUUCAACUACGUGGUGAUGGAGCUUCAGGGUCGUAAUCUGGCCGACCUGAGGAGGAGUAUGACCCGCGGCACGUUCAGCAUCAGCACCACCCUGCGUCUGGGUCGUCAGAUCCUGGAAUCCAUAGAGAGCAUCCACUCGGUCGGCUUCCUGCAUCGUGACAUCAAACCGUCCAAUUUCGCCAUGGGUCGCUUCCCCAGCACCUGUCGAACCUGCUACAUGCUGGACUUUGGUUUGGCUCGCCAGUUCACCAACUCAUGCCAGGAGGUCCGACCGCCUCGUCCGGUGGCAGGGUUCAGGGGAACAGUCCGUUAUGCAUCUGUCAACGCACACAAGAAUAAGGAGAUGGGUCGUCAUGACGACCUUUGGUCCCUCUUCUACAUGCUGGUGGAGUUUCUGGUCGGUCAGCUGCCGUGGAGGAAGAUCAAGGACAAAGAACAUGUGGGGAAGCUGAAGGAGACCUAUGAUCACCGUCUGAUGCUCAAACAUCUGCCGGCAGAGUUUGGUGUGUUUUUGGAACACAUCUCCAGCCUGGACUACUUCACCAAGCCGGACUACCAGCUGCUGAUGUCAGUGUUUGACAACAGCAUGAAAACCUACAAUGUGGUGGAGAACGACCCCUACGACUGGGAGCGGACCGGCACCGAUGGCACCUUGACGAUCAGUGCCAGCGCCACAACACCACAACAUCACACCCGGCUCACUCCGGCACAUAUGGGGAUGGCGAAUGCCUCCCUGAUACCUGGCGACCUGCUGAGGGAAAACACAGAUGAGGUUUUGCAGGAUGAGCAGCUCAGUGACGUGGAGAACAACCCCGCCCCUGAACGCAUGCCUGGCUCUCCCCUUCACCCGCACCGCAACCAGGAGGCUGACGUGUGGGAGGAGCUGGACCGCAACCGUAACCGCAUCAGGACGGCAGUCUGGAAGGCGGCGACGGAGGAGGAACACAGCAACAACCAGGGCAACCAGGGACACCAGAGCCCCUACGCCGGGCCAAGUCUGGGUUCUCCAGUCAAACACUCUGAGGCGAUGGCUUCAGACCGAGAAGGCCCUCUGCUGAGGAAGCUCCGCAACAUCCACAGCUUCGAGCUGGAGAGGAGAAUCGGCCUAGAGUCAAAGCCCAGUCCAGAGCGCUUCCUCGAGGCCUGCUCGGCUCAGCAGCAGACCGGCACCCCCCACCAGGAGAAGGAGGCAAAUGGAGCUGCAAUCAUCCCAGUAACUCAGGGUCAAACCGUACCUGGCGGGGAGCGUCCCGAUAGGGUCUGGCACUAUGACGAGGAGUUCCUGUCUGGCUGUGGUUCUCCUAAGCCUGCAUCCCCUGGAUCUCUGGAGCAGGGAGAGGGGGCGGCCAUUAGCGGGGGCUUUGUGGCCCUCAACUUGAGCUCCGGAAGGCAGGACAUUGACUCAAGGGAGUGGGUAAUGGUGGAGCGGCCCAGUGGCUCCCCAGGACCCAAGGUUACCAACAGCCCUUCAGAGGAGGAUGAGGAGCCAGAGGUGCUCCAGCCAGGGCAACGGACUCCGGGGUGGGGUAAGGGCAGCCCAGGCCCGAGCUCUGGAAAAGCUAAACAGGAGAGCACGGCUUCCUCCAAAGGAAGUGCAAAAGUGGACAAGUUGGAGCUUAGCGUGGGGCCUGCCGGGACUCUGCCUCCCGUCACUCCAACCAGCCCAGCUGAAGCUCUGGCUGAGGGAGUCAUCACGCAGUUGACAGCUCAGCGUCCCUCUGGGCUGUCCUCCCAGUCAGGAUCGGACAGCGCUCCACAGUGCCUCCUCCUGGAGAGGCGUGGGGAAUCUGAGGCUCAGCAGGUCCAGGAGCACACAGUGGACGUCACCUCCCCACAGGACCAUGUGCCCACCCAUCCAGGGACACCCACAGACCCUCUGGCUGAAAUGAUGAUCAAUGGAGACAGCAACACCAAAGCUCCAAGCCCUGUGCCAAGUCGUGUGUCUUCCCCGCGUUCUCCCCGCUCACCUCCUCCACGCUCGCCCUCCUCCCCGCACUCCCCUCGCUCCCCACAUUCUCCUCGCUCUCCUCGAAGUCCUGUUUUUUUGAAUGGCCCCUUCUCCCCCCAUGGCUCUGGCCAAAAGGAUUUAAGUAAUGGCGCAUACCCCAAGCUGAGAGACUAUGAGAAUGAUUCCGGCCUCGCUCCUUGUGCCACAGAGUCUCAGCUGAGAGGGGAGGAGGGUGGAGAGGUGAUCCAGGCCAAAGAGCAGACUAGCAGCCCAGUGUCCUCCUCCCUGGCUGCCCCCCGCAAGGACCCCAGCCGCAGGCAUAGUCGCAUCCCGGUCCUGGAGCCCUGUAGCCUGCUAGAGCUCCCACCUCCAGGGUCGGCCAAGGAGAAACUCUUAAAGAAGAAAGCCAGUCACCAGGGCCCGGUCCCCUCUCCCACCGCCUCACCCUCCCUCUCUGAUAGGCGCAGUGCCAUGGUCGCCUCCCUUGCAAGAGACCCGCUGUCCUCCACCUCUGACCGCUCGCAGGACGAGGACUCUCUCAUGGGCUCCCGCUCCGACCGCCAGGGAGACGAUGCCCAGUCCCUCUCCUCCUCUUCUAGCCCUCUGUCCCGCAAGAGCAGGAUCCCUCGUCCAGUUCAUCCGGCCUCUUCUGCUGAGCAGCUGGCUGCCCAAUUCCUGCCGCGCCCACCGCCUGGAAAGCCACCUAGUCGCUCCACAGUGGAGGGCAGGCUCAGGCGUUACCGCAUCCGAGCGAGCAGCACCAGUGACUCUGACCUCCUCACAUGCCUCGCUCAGCUGAUGCACGGCUCCCGCGGCUCCCCCGUUCACCACCGCUCCUCAGCCCAGCACGGGGGCUCCAGGAUGGGCAUCUGCAGCCUGACGAGCUCGCCGCACCACCACCGCAGCUCCAGCGCCUCGCCGCGCAGCUCCUCCUCCCUGCAGCGCUCCGUGAGCUCCUCGCCCUCCCGCCAUGAGCCCCGUGGCGGCGGGGGAGGGGGCUGCCUCGGCCGCAGCCGCUCGCCCCCCAGCUUCUCGGGCUCACCACCCCCCCGCCGCUUCUACUCCCAUCACCAGGAGACUUGCUGCAGCCGCCAGGCACGCACCAGCCCCUUAUACCUGUCCAGGGGUAAAGGCUGCAGCCGAGAGGGCAAGUGCUCCAGCAAGCUGAGCAGAUAGUUGCACUGACACAGCAGAGGAUGGGAAGACUCCAAAUUCUGAUAGACAUCAGACAGGAGAAGAACCUGAGUCUUCCUCUUUAAUUAGAUUUAAAAAAAAUCUUCUUUCACAGUUUUUCCUGUCAGUCUGAACCUUACAGUUUCCCCUCCGCUUCCCAGUGUUCGCUCCUUCUAUUUGCACCCAGCGUUUGUCAUUCAAUUACGUGCUUAGCUUUAAAGGGGAACUCCAGCGAUUUAGUAUUGAAUUUCCGUAAAGUUGUGGGACAUAGUCGACACAGGUUUCAGGAACAAGGGUCAAAAUCUGUACAUCAGAGGUCAAAAUGUCCUCACACCAAAAGCUUCUUCUUACAUUUACCUGACUCCUUAAUAUGAGUAAAAUUAAAUUGUUCCGGUGCCACUUUAUGACAAUUUAUCAGACAAACUACUGUAUGUGGACACGUCAGGGUCCUCGUUUUAUAUUUGUUAAAAUGUGGUAGAGCAAAGUAGUGUAGCUGCAAAAUGUAAAAGUUCUUUCUCAAUGCAGGAAGUUCUAUAAUACAUGAAUCAAGAGUUAGUUGAGCCAGUAGACACAUAAAUAAAUCAGCUUAUUUAACUCCAAACCAUCAUGCACAACAAUAUAUAGUAACUUAUUUAUCCCCCAGUAAUGAUGCACUGAAUAUCAGUGCAGCACAUCCCAGCUUUGUUAAAUAUUAACCCUGGGGUUGACUCCGUUGUCUCCUCUGACUUUUGGAGCAGGCAGGGUAUAAUAUUUACUUUAUGCUACGUGUGAAUGCAUAAAGCCAGAGUUUGUGUACAGCUGUAUUUAUUGAGAUAUUUAUUUUCAUGCUUAGCGAUGCCUACGACUCCUGUACCCUCUUCUGUGCGAUCAUGGACGUGCGGGUUUGUGUCGCCCGGAUUAGUUUUACACGCUCAAUCGCCGGGAUUACGCCGAAGUGAUCCUUUAUACAAUCAAUCAUGUACCGUGUGUGAGGAUACACACCUUUUUGUGCCUACUGUGUUGCUGUGAGGUGAUCUGAGGGGAUUAAAGGUUGUUCUAGUGGAACCUUUUUAGAUGUGAAGGCAUCAUGUGUUAGCUGUAGUUGUAGUAGCAGUGGGGGGUUAAAGAACACAAGGUACAUCACAUGAGUAAUGUUCCGAUAGAUUUGUCCCAGCGUGUGCCUUGGCACUUUGGGCAACUUGAGGAUUCACUCUGGUGUGUUUUGUGAUUAGAAGAAAAAAAAAAGCCAAAUCAGACGCGUGCCAGUUCCACCAGUAUUCUCUAAUGUAGAAGAGGUAGCAACACAACUGUUUGUAAAUCCGACACAAUUUGAACAACGGUUUACUUGAGUGCAGAGUAGUUGUUAUUUAUAAAGGAGAUAUUUCAAAUUGCAAAAACCCACUUCAGCUGUCCUGUAUGUACCAGGUCAGUGUUUGAGACGACACUUUGAACAAAUGUGAAUUUCAGACCUCAAACAACAUUUUGUCAAAUGUUACUGAAAACAGAGGCCAUAUGUGUGUAUAUAUAUGUAUAUAAAUAUAUUUCUCACACCAAUAUGAUGAAGAAUGUUUUUUUUUGGUUUCUUUGGUUUCCCUCCUGCGCCGGAGAAUGUCUUUUUAUAAAACGACAUACAAUAUGUUUGUGCUCCGGGUGAAGGAGGCAGAGUAAUGUUUGUGUUUUGAUUUUAGUCCAGAUUCCUCACUCAAACUCCUCUUCCCACUCCUCUGCUUGUAAGAUACUGUAAAAUAACUCCGGCUUCCUUCCAGCGCUACUCUUUGCAUGUUCAACAGAGAAAAGACGGGAAUAUAUUAAAAAAAAUCGGACUCUUUAUAACUGCUGCAUAACACCUCCCAUAACAGGGCAUUUAUCUCGUGAAGAUCUUAGCCCAGCAAGGACUUCAGUACGUGGUUGUCUCAUAUCUGUGUAUCUCAUUUUUCUCCAUCUUCCUAAUGUGUGACACUAGUGUUUCCGCGCUUCCUGCACUGACUCGGGAUGAUUGUGUUGCUGGAUAAUGACGAGACUGUAUUUUUAUCAGUGCAAAUAUAGGACAUGAUGCGCGAAAUAAAAAAGGAGAACAGACUUUGUAUUGUAGGAAAAAAACACCGAGUUGAAAGGUAAACAGCAGCCUCUUUCGGACACGGCCGCAUGUAUGAACAGACAUUGCCAAAUAUUUUGAUAGAUUUUGCAGAUGUGGUUCAUCUUGAUAUAUGAUAUAAGUGUAUGGAGUGGGCACGUUGCUUGGUAGACGUGCUGUUUGGGUUCGACUCGUGCAGGAGCCUACGCCGGCCUCACAGAGCAGCUACGAUGACUCAUCCUGAAGGCAGACAGCGUUCAGUCAGUCAGCCGCCUUAAUGUCUCCUUCUGCCCCCUCUGUGCAUAGCGAGGGAUGACUGAGCCUUGUCUGUGUUGGUGAUCAUUCCACUAGUAUAGGGCCCGAGCCUUUUCCUGUCCCCUAUCUCUUGUCUGUAAAUGCCUGGUCACCUCUGAAGUCGGUGCAAAACCCUGUUUGUUUUCUCUGUGAGCUUGCAUGGGCCGUUUAUCAAUUGACUGGCAGGAAUGAAAACAUUUCAGGUUGCAGUAUUCAGUGUGUGUUUGUCCGGCGGUCACUGCCCAAACAGGGGCGUGCAGUUUCUACCUGUCGCCGGCAAUCAAUCUUCGAAUCCUCCCUCGUCUUAAUUUUCAGCCUCAAGCUUUUCAAAGUUCAGAAUGCCGUUGUGCAAGACUUUUAAUAUAUACCUGUAUGAUAUUCAAAUAAUUAUUUAAAUGAAAUCAUUAUUGUAAAACCAUAACUUAUACGCUAACGAGCUUCGGUGAAAGGGAGGAACAGACACUAAACAGUGCUGCUGAUUUUCAAAAGAUUUUCUUCUCAUGUUUCUCUAAUGUUAUUUUUAUUGCACAUAAGUGGUGUGUAGCUGUAGUCCUGGUGUUUCCCUCCAGAUGAGAUUAUUGUCGUCACUUUUUCAAGUGGCCUGAUGUUGACGGUGUCAUAUUUAUGUAGUAGCGUGCUGGUAUUUGUGGUGACAGAUACCCAAUAGGCCGACGAGAGCAAACCCAGCUGGUUUUUAGUUUUAUUUUAAAAUGUGAGAAGGAAACUAACAAAAGCUUUGGUGUACACUCGGUACACUUCUCACCUCAUAACAUCCGAUUACUUGUUAAUAACUUAUAAAUACUUGACAGAAAAUUAUUUAUUGUGACAUUUGCUAAUUCGCCCAUCCAUCGUUUUUUGACUUUUAAUUGUUGGGAUUUUUUAAUGGUCAAUAUUUUUUGUGUUGUAAAUGUACGUCUUGGUUUUGAAAUGUAACUGUACAGUCUCAAGGAAAGAAUGUAACAAGUGGGAGUUUUGCAUUGUAUAUAACUGUAAUUAUUUAUGUUCAUUCUAUCGUUUGUAUCAUAUCAAUGCCUUGUACAGUGUUUUUCUUUUUCUUUUUGGUUUUAAAAUUAUUUUGUAUUUUAUUUUUAUAAACUGGUUAUAAAUAAAAUACUCAUUCCGCAUGCA